GCAGCCGCUGAGGCCACUGCUCCCCCAAGAAGCGAAUGUAAGAAUACGCUUGGAAUGAGAAAGCCCUCACAUGAGUACACAUUGCAUCUUCCUUGUCCAGCCGGAAUUUGUGAAUCGUCACGGAAUUUGUUCUCUGGUAACUAAAUCUUAACAAAAGCAUGCAAUAAUAAUGAGACAAAGCGUCAAAAGAGGCGUUCUUCUCUCUCAUGGCCAACUUCUCCAAAAAUCUCUCAGCGAAACAAGUCCUGAAGCUUCUCAAAGCAGAGAAAAACCCUCACUCGGCCCUGGCCCUCUUCGACUCGGCGACUUGCCAGCCGGGUUUUAUCCACUCAGCCGCCAUUUUCCAACACAUCCUCCGCCGGCUUGCGGACCCAAAAUUGGUCGGCCACCUGAGCCGAAUCCUCGAUCUCGUUCGGACACAGAAGCGCAAGUGCUCUGAAGAUCUUGCAUUGACGGUGCUUAAGGCUUACUCGAAGAACACUAUGCCUGAUCAAGCGUUGGACGUUUUCCAACGAAUGUAUGAGAUUUUUAGUUGUAAACCUGGUAUAAGGUCCUAUAAUUCUAUGCUUAAUGCUUUCAUUGAGGCGAACCAGUGGGAUCGGGCUGAGUCGUUUUUUGCGUACUUUGAAAUGGUGGGUUUGUCGCCUAAUUUACAAACUUACAAUGUUCUUAUCAAAAUUUCAUGUAAGAAGAAGCAAUUUGAUAAGGCCAAGAAGUUGAUGGAUUGGAUGUGGAACAAUGGAGUACAACCGGAUGCGUUUAGCUAUAGUACGGUGAUUAAUGCAUUUGCCAAGAAUGGGCAUUUAUCGGGUGCACUGGAGUUGUUUGAUGAAAUGUCUGAAAGAGGGGUUGCACCUGAUGUUAUGUGUUAUAAUAUUUUGAUUGACGGUUAUUUUAGAAAAAAAGAUCUUGCAGGGGCUAAUGAGAUUUGGGAGAGGCUAUUAAACUCAUCUUCUGUAUAUCCAAGUGUUGUUAGUUACAAUAUAAUGAUUAGUGGUUUGUGUAAGUGUGGGAAGUUUAGUGAGAGUUUGGAAAUAUGGGAGAGGAUGAAGAAGAAUGAGCGGGAGCUGGAUUUAUUUACUUACAGCACUUUGAUACAUGGUUUAUGUGAAUCAGGGGGUGUUGAUGGGGCUGAAAGGGUUUAUAAGGAGAUGGUUGCAGGUGGGGUGUCUCCAGAUGCAGCCACUUGUAAUGCAUUGCUUAAUGGGUAUAGCCAAGCAGGACAGAUGAAGAAAUGCUUUGAGUUGUGGGAGGUAAUGGGGAGUGAAAGUUGUCGUAAUAUUGUUAGUUUCAAUAUAUUUAUUAGAGGAUUGUUGGAGAAUGGUGAGGUGGAUGAAGCAAUUUCUCUUUGGGAACUCUUGCUGGAGAGUCAUUUUGUUCCAGAUUCCAAAACUUACGGAAUUUUGAUUCAUGGAUUGUGCAAGAAUGGAUACUUGAAUAAAGCUCUAAGACUCUUGAAAGAGGCAGAAGAUAGACAAGAUAAUGUGGAUGCUUUUGCAUAUUCAUCGAUGAUUAAUGGGUUGUCUAAAGGAGGAAGAUUGGAUGCAGCAGUGGGUGUAAUUGAUCAGAUGGCCAAGCAUGGCUGUAAACCAAAUCCUCAUGUUUACAAUGCACUAAUCAAUGGCUUUAUUCUGGCUUCUAAACUUGACGAUGCAAUCAGGUUUUUCAGGGAAAUGGUACAUAAGGAUUGCUUUCCAACUGUUGUUAGCUACAACACUCUCAUAAAUGGUUUGUGCAAAGCGGAAAGAUUUGGUGAGGCCUACGACAUUGUGAAGGAAAUGCUUGAAAAAAGGUGGAAGCCGGAUAAGAUCACAUAUAGUUUAUUGAUGAAUGGACUUUGUCAAGGCAAGAAGAUUGACAUGGCCCUACAGUUGUGGCAACAAGUGCUUGAUGAGGGUUUCAAGCCUGACGUAACUAUGCAUAACAUAAUAAUUCAUGGGCUUUGCUCUGCAGGAAAAGUUGAAGAUGCUUUGCAUCUGUACUCAAAGAUGAAGCUGAGGAACUGUUUCCCGAACCUUGUGACCUUCAACACCCUCAUGGAUGGGUUCUACAAAGCCGGAGACUCUGAAAAAGCAUCAGAUAUUUGGGCCUGCAUCUUGGAAGAUGGCCUGCAGCCAGAUAUUAUCUCAUACAAUAUUGCCCUCAAGGGGCUUUGCUCUUGCAAUAGAAUAUCAGAUGCCCUUGGGUUCUUGGACGAUGCUUUGGAUCACGGGAUUCUUCCAACCGCCAUCACAUGGAACAUACUUGUCAGAGCUGUACUAAACAAUGGGGUUCCAACAUUAUGCAUUUGGGUGUGAAAUAUCUCAAGAGAUAGUGACCGGAAUCAGUCUUCUUUUGUCCAUUCCUUGGAGGUAAUCUCUACACAUAAUUCUGGGCUGAAAGGCUGGUACAUUCCAUCAAUAAUCAUGCACCGAGACUUUGGAUUGGAAGAGGGCACUUUUCUUUCAUAAAUAUUUCAAGUAUGUGUACUUUUCUAGUCAUUCUACUGCUCUUUCUAAUGUUCCUGCAAGGUGUGUCCUCACUCUGAUGUUUUCCUGAUGCCAUGCUGAUUCUCGCAGGUUAGAUUUGAUAUUCUUCCUACAUAGAAACAAGUCUGAGACAACCCCAGCUUACUGGUUGGAAAAAUGGUGAAACAUUGAAAAUGCUGUAGUAGCUAAGUUGUCUUUUAUUACUGAUGUUGGAUGUUACUGCAUCCAACUUUGCUACUUGUACAGUAUUUUUAACAUAUGGCUGGGGUUGGGCACCACUGGAAGCUCAUAUGCAAACCAUGGCUCUUGGUUCAGAAUGCUAGAAGCAUGUUUGAUUUAUGGAAUGAAAUACAUAGUCAUUUGUAUGAAUAGCUACUGGGCAAUUUCGACAUAAAAUCCAGCCUACAGUCAGUGACGUCUGACUGAUUAAAUGAACUACGUAGAGUUCUGAUGUGAGCAAGAUUCUGCUUAUUAAUUUUAGUGAUGAGUUGCUCAACUGCUUCUUCUGUUCAUUAUAGUGUUAUACUUUUAUCAUUAAAUGUUGUCUGGCUUAUCUUGUCAUAUUUUAAACUGGGAGUUUAGUAAUGAAAAGAAAUUAUAUUGACUGCUAUAGAUUAUUUUGUUUGUUGUAAAUUGAUUAUAUGAAAAUUGCUCCUUUUUUGUAUAUAUAAGAAGAGAUGGAUUAAAGUUCACCAUAUAGCAUCAGACUGUUUAGCAUACAUGGUUUUUGGUGAUUGCAGACAUGUCACCAGGACUAGAUGUCAUGAUGCAAAAGCAAGCUCGCAUGAUUGUAUCAAAUCCAAGUAAUUAGACUUGACUUGGGGUUAUGUCUCAUGCUAUAUAUACAGUCAAAACAGUUGCAGUGAAAAAUGUUGCAAGGGAAUAAUUAUAAUGAUAGAAAGAAACACCAUUCAUUUUUCUUCUUUGUCAAUUCCUGUCUUUUCUGUUCUUUCGGUUUCCAAUGACAUCCUCUGUUCGUAGAUGAAUUGAGUAAGCAAAGCUAUCCAAAUGAGCCCCAGACCUGCAACCUUUCGCCAAUCUGACGAAGAGAUGAAGGCAUCAGCAAUCCCAAUGGCCAGCAAGCCCAUUAAUGCAAGGUAAAUGUUCCUCCUUGUUUUUGAUCCUGCACUUCGUUUCAUUAGUUGUUUAAUCUUUUUCACUUCCUCCUUCGCUUUUGCUUUUUCUUGUGGCGGUCUCUGCCCCAGGUUCUUGAAGAACAUCCCUUCAUUCCGGUCCCUCACAAUUUGGCCUUCAAACUCUUCUAAAUUCUUUUCAUUCUUGUCAAUUUCUAUUUUGUUCAGUGCUGCAGAUUCCUCAAAGGCUUGCAUACGAGUCUCUAUGUUCUCCAUUAUCUGCUAAUAAAAAAUGAAUAAGAAAUGGGUUAUGAGCUGCAAGACCCUUGUUUUUCUAUGGAUUGGAUGGACGGUUAAAAAGUCGAAACCGACCCUGGCUCCAGCUUCAUCUAGUCCUUUCUGAGCAUUUUCUUCAAUCUCAUCGAACUCGGCAUUGGCCUCUUCAGCAAAUUGGGUUAGAUGAGCCGAUCUCUCAUCCAAGUAAUCGGCAACUCGGACUUUUUGAGCUUGAAGCAUUGCUAUACUGGCCAGCAGCUCCUGCGUCCGGGCGUCGCCUUUGGGGUCCGGGCCAUCUGAACCUGCAUCUUCAGACUUGCAGAGGAAGAGGAUGGAGUUUUUCUUGGACAAUGUUUUUGUGCAGGGAAAACAUAGUUUUGUAGGACUGAAGGAAAUGGCUUUGAGGGCAAUCAUCAUCCUCUCUCUACUUGCGGAUAAAGAAGCGCAAGGGAGAAUGGGGAGUGUGGUUUUAGAUGGUAAACGGUUAUACACAGUUGAACUAUUUUGAGCCUCUCAUUGAUAAACAUUAUCGCUUUUAAUUAUAAUAAUUUUCUUGUGAAUGAA